AUGGGAGAUGACAUCGUCGGUCAGUCCAGGUCCAUCGCUAGCCUCUGGUCACCAGAUGGAGACGCAGAUGCAGAUCCUCAAGCUCGAAAGCAGAGCUUGGUCCGCCUCGUACGAGGUAACUAUCUCAAUGUGAAUGAGUUUCGGCUGCUCAAGGAACUCUUGUCCACAGUUACCCUCCAAAGAGAUAUCAUCACGAACCUCCCAAUCGAACUCGUCAUAUUGGUCAUCGAUAAGCUCAAUGCUCAAGACAUCAUGGCUUGUUUGAUGGUUUCCCAUGCAUGGAAUGCAACUCUCAUGAGUGACAAGGUAGUUUUCAGCAUGGCUGACCGGCUAUUCCCACCGCUGACUUGGGAAUCUCUUCAUCACAGCUCUUCGAGCCGGGAUUCUCAGAAGGCCUUGCGGCUCCAAUUCGUAAAUCACCUGCAGAAAAGGCUAUUGCUACAUGAUCGUGUAGCCAGGUGGGACACCUAUCGCGGAUAUGAGAGGACCUAUCUCUGGGACACUGAGACCGAGUUCAAGCUAGCUGGACAGGAUUACACCCGAUUUCCACCUCCCAACCUCCCUUCCAAUGAGAGGGCGGUAUAUGCCAAUGGCCAUAUCGCAUGGCAGCAGGAAACUCAUACCCUUGUGCUUGACAAUCUGCAGGACAAGUCAAGGAAAAUACUUGCAUUUCCUGGCGCCAGACUCUUGGGCCCAGAGUUGAAGCUUGCAGCUCUCGGGAAUCAACUUGUCGUUGCGACCAUGGAUCGACAUGUCUUUGCUUGGAACAUUCAUACAAACGUCUGUGAACGGAAGACAUUACCAAGCCUACCAGCGCAGUGUACCACAUGCAGAACUCAGGUUGUCAUCGUCACCGAAAAGGGCUUGUAUGUGUGGACUAUAGGCGGCUCCUUGAUCGAAGUUGAUCUGCCGGUGUAUGAGAUUGAAUUCUUGGCCGUCAAACAGUUUUGCAAGGCAUUUGUACAUCCGCGGCUUGAUAAUGUCGUCUACGUGCGCCGGGUGUAUAGGCAUACAUCGAGCACUCUACGUUUCGUGAUAGACAAGUUUGUCCAACGCCAACACGUCAAAACCCUCAAUUAUGACGUGGAUAUAGGCUGGUUGACUAAUGAGCGGAUAGCCAGCUCCUAUGAGGGAGUGAUACCACUUUCUGAGCAGAACCAUUACCACGAAGGUCGGUAUCUACACGAAUUCGACAUGUUUCAUGAAUCUUUCCUGGUUCGGGAGAUUCCGCACAACGGACGCCGCCACAACGAAACAUUCAUGUUCAAUUUCGACGACAACUUUGCCGUUGAGCUGAGCGAAAAGAAGUAUUGGGUAUGGUGA